CGGGGAGCUUCAGCUUCAGCAAAGACAACGAACGAAUGUACUCCGCUUCCUACACUUGUCUGGGCACACGCACAUCCAUCCUCACUCACACGCUCGACAUUUGACAACGAAUGGCAUGUCAAGACUGGAUGGGGAAGGGAGAAGAGAGUGGAGGGGAGGAGAGAGGAGAGGGGAACAACGACCGGGACCUACCAAUCUACGAAUACUGGACCAACCUUACUGCUCCAUCCCACCUGCAAGCAGGACGAAGAUCCUCGACUGGCCUUUUCCUUUUUUCCCCCCAAUGCGGUUGGAGUCCGACCAAGAUCAGCCAAUCCAGUCAGUCAGUGUACGAGGCGCCAUCUGUCGCCGUGAGUCUGUCAGCGUUGCGCUUCAGGAUGAGAAUAUCGAGAGCUGUUGUUGGUGCACCGUGUACGGAUACAUUGCUUGCCGUUAUUUUUACUCCGUCCCCUAUGAAGACGGAUGGAUUGCCCUGGGGGUGAGGUGGCAGAGACCCCCUCGCAUACAUCACAUGAUGCCAACGGUACCCCAUUCUUGGACAUCCAACCCACCGCCGAUUGCGUGCUCCUCCGUCUUGGCGGCCGGUUGGUCUCUCAUUCUCAACCUCAAACUCAACAGCGCCUCAUCACUCACUAUCGUCAAAUGCAGCCAUUGAGCACACUCCAAGAUACGGCUUGCACACAGCACUCCGAACCAACACACCUGUGCCUUUCCAUUCGCAUCAUCAACUUGUUCCCCGCCGCCAAUGACGAAGCUCGGGAACCCAAUUUGACAACGUCAGACAGACGUUUACGUACUCUACCUUAUCUCGACCAGUCCAA